AUGCUGGCCCUGCUCUCCAAGUCCCUGGCAUUCCUUGCCGGUAUCCAGGCCGUCGCGGCCCUGGCCAUACCCACGGUCCAGGACAAGGCCCUCGAGGUGUCCAAGCGUGCCAACGGUCCCAUCAACUCGGUGUACUUUACCAACUGGGGCAUCUACGGCCGCAACUUUCAGCCUGCGGAUCUCCCAGCCUCGGACAUUACGCACGUUCUCUACUCUUUCCUGAACCUCCGCGCCGACGGCACCGUGUACUCUGGUGACACCUAUGCCGAUAUUGAGAAGCACUAUGCCGACGAUUCCUGGAACGACGUGGGCAAGAACGCCUACGGCUGCGUGAAGCAACUGUACAAGCUCAAAAAGGCCAACCGUGGCCUCAAGGUCCUGCUCUCCAUCGGUGGCUGGACCUGGUCCACCAACUUCCCGGCCGCGGCCUCCACGGAGCAGGGCCGCGCGACCUUUGCGCAGACCUCGGUGGCCUUUAUGAAGGACUGGGGCUUUGACGGCAUCGACGUCGACUGGGAGUAUCCGGCCAACGACAAGGAGGCCAGCGACAUGGUGCUCCUCCUGCAGCGCGUCCGCCAGGAGCUCGACGACUACGCGGCCCAGCACGCCAACGGCUACCACUUUGAGCUCUCCAUCGCCGCGCCCGCGGGGCCGACCAACUUCAACAUUCUCAAGCUGGCCGAGCUGGGCCAGGUCCUCGACCACGUCAACCUCAUGGCCUACGACUUUGCCGGGUCCUUCAGCGACCACGCGGGCCACCAGGCCAACCUGUACCCGAGCCAGGACAACCCCGACUCGACCCCGUUCAGCACUCAGGUCGCCGUCGACGCCUACCUCGCGGGCGGCAUCCCCCCCGAGAAGCUCGUCCUCGGCAUGCCCAUCUACGGGCGCGACUUCACCGGCACCGCAGGACCCGGCACGCCCUUCACCGGCCAGGGUCAGGGCAGCUGGGAGCGCGGCAUCUGGGACUACAAGGACCUGCCCCUCGACGGCGCGACGGUGCAGUACGACGAGGCCAUUGGCGCCACCUGGACCUUUGCCAACGGCCAGAUGGUCUCCUUUGACACGCCCGACAUGAUCCGCCAAAAGGUCUCGUACGCCAAGGACCACAGCCUCGGCGGCAGCAUGUUCUGGGAGGCGUCUGCCGACAAGACGGGCGCCGACUCGCUCAUCCACACGGCCCGCGACGCCAUGGGGGGCUUGGACACGACGCAGAACUGCCUCGACUACCCGGACUCGCAGUACGACAACAUCCGCACGGGGCUGGCCUAG